AUGCACUUUAAUCCCAGCCCUGUUGGGCCAAUGAGGCUCAGAUUGGCUCAGAUCAAAAAACAUCGACAUUGCUACACCGCUGCACACUAUGCUAUUCCCAUGGUUAGCAGGUCGUCUCGCUUCGUCCAUUGUCUUCUGAACGGCCAUGGCUGGUUCUGGUCUUGUGAAGCCCGUUGUAUGCAAUCGGCGUGCUGGCCCGAUAGCAGCCACACUUCAUUCUAUGAAUGA